AUGGCGAAUAGCAAAGCUCCGGCCGAACCACUCUUGGUAGUGCUGGGCUCAACUGGUACAGGCAAAUCAGACCUGGCUGUAGAGCUCGCAACCCGCUUUAAAGGAGAAAUAAUCAAUUCGGAUGCCAUGCAGCUAUACAAAGGGCUCCCCAUCAUCACCAACAAAAUUACCCAAGCCGAGCAAAAAGGCAUCCCUCACCAUCUCCUGGGCCACAUCCCCCUUCACCAUCUCCCCUGGGACGUGGAUGAUUACAAGCGCGAGGCCAACAAAGUCAUCGGCCAAAUUCGCGCUAGGGGAAAUUUGCCCAUCCUCGUGGGUGGAACACAAUAUUAUGUCGACCCUCUACUCUUCACCGACGUCAUUCUCGAUGAGGUCCAGCAAACAGGCCCAUCCGCAUCAUUCCCCAUUCUGGAAGAGUCAACAGAAGUUCUCCUAGAAGAGCUCCGGAAAUGCGAUCCCGUCAUGGCAGAAAGGUGGCACCCCAACGACCGCCGCAAAAUCCUGCGGUCGCUAGAGAUCUACCUGCAUACAGGGAAGCCGGCCUCGCAGUUCUAUGCUGAGCAAGAGGCGCGCAAAGCGGCCGCUGCUAGCGGAGACAUCCCCGCCACACCCUGGGAGAAGCUUUUGUUUUGGGUCUAUUCCGACAGGCAAAUUCUUACCGAGCGCCUUGACACGCGGUGUGACAAGAUGCUCAAUUCCGGGCUUCUAGACGAGGUCCAUGAGCUAUACGCCUUCAAGAAAAAAUCCAGAGAAACAGGCCAAGAAAUGGACAUGACAAAGGGGAUAUGGCAGUCUAUAGGCUAUAAGCAAUUCGAACCAUAUCUAAACGCCCUCGAAGCAGGGGCAGAUGCUACGGAAGCCGAGAAGCUGAAGCUAUCUGGCCUGGAAGACAUGAAGACCGCAACGAGACGUUACGCAAACUACCAGACGAAAUGGAUUCGCAUCAAACAAAUGCGCCGGCUGCAGGAUGAGGGUCCUGAAGCAGUCAGCAGCUUGUAUCUAGUUGAUAGCACGGACGUGUCUCGGCUUCAGACGAAUGUAGUCGAACCGGCGGCGAAGCUGACGGAGUUGUUUUUGAAAGGGGAGCAACGGCCAGCGGCGGUGGACAUUUCUGAAAUGGCGAGAGAAGUCCUCGGCGGUGCGCUUGAGUUGAGGCCCAAGGAGACACCGAUUCAGAGAACAUGUGACAUGUGUCGGACGGUAUUAGUGACGGAGCAGGCAUGGGAGAGGCACGUAAAGAGCGUGGGGCAUAGACGAGCGGUGAAGAAGAAGACCAAACUAGCCCUCGUUGCUGUUGAUGCGCAAAAAGGGGGCGAGGCUAAGGAAUCAGCCGACCCUGAUGGAUCACGAGCGUCAAGCCCGGAUAUAGGCUCGAUAUUUUCCAAUUGA